CGGGCGUGCAAUAGAGCAUCGCUGGGGGAGAUGUCAGCUUGGACCAUGGGUGCCCGCGGUCUGGACAAGCGAGGAAGUUUCUUUAAGCUCAUUGACACAAUCGCCUCGGAGAUCGGAGAACUGAAACAGGAGAUGGUGCAGACAGAUGUCAGCCUGGAAAAUGGCCUGGAACCCAGCGAAGCCCACAGCAUGGUAAGACACAAGGACGAUGGCUAUUCUGAAGAAAAGGAUGUGAAGACUUGUCCCUGGGACUCUGGCUAUGACAGCCUCUCCAACAGACUCAGCAUUUUGGACCGGCUUCUCCACACCCACCCAAUAUGGCUGCAGCUGAGUCUGAGUGAGGAGGGGGCAGCCGAAGUCCUUCGGUCCCAACCUCCAGGGAUCUUCCUGGUUCGUAAAUCUACCAAAAUGCAGAAGAAAGUCCUCUCACUUCGCCUGCCCUGUGAAUUUGGAGCCCCACUCAAGGAAUUUGCCAUAAAGGAAAGCACAUACACCUUUUCCCUGGAAGGCUCAGGAAUCAGUUUUGCAGAUUUAUUCCGGCUCAUUGCUUUCUACUGCAUCAGCAGGGACGUUUUGCCGUUCACCUUGAAGUUGCCUUACGCCAUUUCAACAGCCAAGACGGAGGCUCAACUUGAAGAACUAGCCCAACUGGGACUAAAUUUUUGGAGCUCUCCAGCUGACAACAAACCCCCAAACCCUCCACCUCCCCAUAGGCCUCUCUCCUCAGACGGUGUUUGUCCUGCCUCUCGUCAGCUCUGCCUUAUAAAUGGAGUGCAUUCUAUAAAAACCAGGACGCCUUCGGAGCUGGAGUGCAGCCAGACCAACGGAGCCCUGUGUUUUAUUAAUCCUCUUUUCUUGAAAGUGCACAGCCAGGACCUCAGUGGAGGCCUGAAACGGCCCUGCACAAGGACUCCCAACGCGAAUGGCACCGAGAGGCCUCGGUCCCCCCCACCCAGGCCCCCGCCACCCGCUAUUAAUAGUCUCCACACAAGCCCUCAGCUGUCCAGGACUGAAACCCAGGCGAGCAUGCCAGAAACAGUCAACCAUAACAAACAUGGGAACGUAGCUCUGCUUGGAACGAAACCAACCCCCAUCCCUCCACCCCGGCUGAAGAAGCAGGCUUCUUUUCUCGAGGCAGAAGGCAGCGCAAAGACCUUGACCGGCGGCCGGCCUCGUCCUGGCCAGGAGCGGGAGCCGGAGGAGCCCGGGCCGGGCACAGCUGGCGGGCCAGGUGGGGCCCCGCCUGCGGAGCCUCCGGAGGAUUGCACAAGGGCCGCCGGCCCUGAAUCACGGCCCCCGUGGCAUGGAGGCAGACAGAGGCUGAGCGACAUGAGCAUUUCCACUUCCUCCUCCGACUCGCUGGAGUUCGACCGCAGCAUGCCCCUGUUUGGCUAUGAGGCGGACACCAACAGCAGCCUGGAGGACUGCGAAGAGGAGAGCGACCAGGAGACCAUGGCCCCCCCUGUCAAGUCCAAAAAGAAGAGGAACAGCUCCUUCGUGCUGCCCAAGCUCGUCAAGUCCCAGCUGCGCAAGAUGAGCGGGGUGUUCAGCUCCUUCAUGACCCCCGAGAAGCGCAUGGUCAGGAGGAUCGCCGAGCUGUCCCGGGACAAGUGCACCUAUUUCGGCUGCCUGGUGCAGGACUACGUGAGCUUUCUGCAGGAGAACAAGGAGUGCCACGUGUCCAGCACGGACAUGCUGCAGACCAUCCGGCAGUUCAUGACCCAGGUGAAGAACUAUCUGUCUCAGAGCUCAGAGCUGGACCCCCCCAUCGAGUCGCUGAUCCCCGAAGACCAAAUCGAUGUGGUGCUGGAAAAAGCCAUGCACAAGUGCAUCUUAAAGCCCCUGAAGGGGCACGUGGAGGCCAUGCUGAGGGACUUCCAUAUGGCCGAUGGCUCGUGGAAACAGCUCAAGGAGAAUCUGCAGCUUGUGCGGCAGAGGAACCCACAGGAGCUGGGGGUGUUCGCCCCAACCCCUGAUUUUGUGGAUGUGGAGAAAAUCAAAGUCAAAUUCAUGACUAUGCAGAAGAUGUAUUCGCCGGAAAAGAAAGUCAUGCUGCUCUUGAGGGUCUGCAAGCUUAUUUACACUGUCAUGGAGAACAACUCAGGGAGGAUGUAUGGAGCUGAUGACUUUUUGCCAGUCCUGACCUACGUCAUAGCUCAGUGUGACAUGUUGGAACUGGACACUGAAAUUGAGUACAUGAUGGAGCUCUUAGACCCAUCACUGUUACAUGGAGAAGGAGGUUAUUACUUGACAAGCGCCUAUGGGGCACUUUCUCUGAUCAAGAAUUUCCAAGAAGAACAAGCCGCAAGACUGCUCAGCUCAGAGACCAGGGACACCCUGAGGCAGUGGCACAAACGGAGAACCGCCAACCGGUCCGUCCCCUCGGUGGAUGACUUUCAGAAUUACCUCCGAGUUGCAUUCCAGGAGGUCAACAGUGGCUGCACGGGAAAGACCCUCCUCGUGAGACCUUACGUUACCACCGAGGAUGUGUGCCAGCUCUGUGCCGAGAAGUUUAAGGUGGGGGACCCUGAGGAGUACAGCCUCUUCCUCUUUGUUGACGAAACAUGGCAGCAGCUGGCAGAGGACACUUACCCUCAAAAAAUCAAGGCUGAGCUGCACAGCCGGCCACAACCCCACAUUUUCCACUUUGUCUACAAGCGCAUCAAGAAUGAUCCUUAUGGUGUCAUUUUCCAGAAUGGGGAAGAAGAUCUUACCACCUCAUAG